CUCAGCGCUCUGUCUAAUGCUAUAAUCACAAAAAGACGCGUCCACACACUUCAUCUUUCUAAAGGACGUUCCAUCUUGCAAUGAAUUCAUUGUCAACUUCUCCAUACCCAGUAGACACGCCGGAGCCGAAAUGAAGGUGCAAUUUCAUGCAGGGGCUUCGUCCGUGUGGGCUUCAUGCUGCGGUCUGCUGAAUGAAGUUAUGGGUACUGGAGCCGUCAGAGGUCAGCAGCCAGGGUUCGGGGCCGGCGCCGGACCCUUUAGGUUUGCACCCAGUGCAGGAUACUCCACAUACCCGCCCACCAGCUCAGGGAGUCCCAGCCUUGUGUGCAAGUCCUGUGGUCUGGCCUUCUCAGUCUUCAGGAGGAAGCAUAUUUGUAGCGACUGCAAGAAGAGCUACUGCUCUCUGUGCUCCGUGCUUCUGGAGAAUGUGCGCAUCUGUGCCACGUGUCAUUUGCUGAAGGCAACUUCCUUCCAGCGGCCGCGGCUCAUGCGACUGAAGGUCAGGGACCUGCGGCAGUACUUGCUGCUCCACAACGUCCCAACAGACACUUGCAGGGAAAAAGAAGACCUGGUGGACCUGGUGCUCUGUCACCAAGGCAGCGAAGGAGAGGACGAGCCUGACACAAGUAGCCUGCACUCGCGAUCCCUGUACACGCCGCCCCCUUCGACCACACAGUCUGCCUCGGAGCUGUCCACACUCGCUGCCUCUCAAGAGGAGCCUCUCAGCAGGAGUGAUAGUUCUGAUACCAACGAGGACAUUGGUGAUGCAACAUCGGUGUCACUCCUAAACUUGGAUCCUAGUGAUAUCACACCCGAGACGAGUCCUCAGGCGUGCCGUCGGCUCAGAGCAUCUCUCACGGACAUCUCCAGCCUGAGGGACAUUGAAGGCCUCUCCGUCAGGCAGCUGAAGGAGAUCCUGGCUCGGAACUUUGUCAACUAUUCAGGGUGCUGCGAGAAGUGGGAGCUGGUGGAGCGAGUCAGCAGACUUUACAGAGAGACUGAGGAGAACAGGAAAUCGCUGGAAAAUGUGAGCAGUACUGUAACCAAAGUGGUGGCCUUCCCCCCUCCUAUCUGCAAUGGGGCCAUUGGAGACGGCGAGAAGAACCCGCUGAUGUUCCGCGACGAGAACCUGUGCAGGAUCUGCAUGGACGCCGCGAUCGACUGCGUUCUGCUGGAGUGCGGCCACAUGGUGACGUGCACAAAGUGUGGCAAGAGGAUGAGCGAGUGCCCCAUCUGCAGGCAGUACGUGGUGCGGGCCGUGCACGUCUUCAAGUCCUAACGCACUCAGACGGUACAUCUUCAUUAAUGCUCCUCAUUGGAGAAAUAGCUUCUAUUCUUUCCAGUAAACAUUCUUCCCUCCAGUCAUUCACAGUACCGUAUUUUUCGGAGUAUAAGUCGCUCCGGAGUAUAAGUCGCACCGGCCGAAAAUGCAUGAUAAAGAAGGAAAAAAACAUAUAUAAGUCGCACUGGAGUAUAAGUCACAUUUUUUGGGGAAAUUUAUUUGAUAAAGCAACACCAAGAAUAGACAUUUCAAAGGCAAUUUAAAAUAAAUAAAGAAUAGUGAACAACAGGCUGAAUAAGUGUACGUUAUAUGAGGCAUAAAUAACCAACUGAGAACGUGCCUGGUAUGUUAACGUAACAUAUUAUGGUAAGAGUCAUUCAAAUAACUAUAACAUAUAGAACAUGCUAUACGUUUACCAAACAAUCUGUCACUCCUAAUCGCUAAAUCCCAUGAAAUCUUAUACGUCUAGUCCGGGGGUCGGCAACCCGCAGCUCUAGAGCCGCAUGCGGCUCUUUAGCGCCGCCCUAGUGGCUCUCUGGAAAUUUUUCAAAAAUGUAUGAAGAAUGGAAAAAGAUGAGGGGAAAAAAAUCUAUUUUUUUGUUUUAGAAUGUUUUCUGUAGGAGGACAAACAUGACACAAACCUCGCUAAUUGUUAUAAAUCACACUGUUUAUAUUAAACAUGCUUCACUGAUUCGAGUAUUUGGCGAGCGCCGUUUUGUCCUACUUAUUUUGGCGGUCCUUGAACUCACCGUAUAGUUUGUUUACAUAUAUAACUUUCUCCGACUUUCUAGGACGUGUUUUAUGCCACUUUUUCUGUCUCAUUUUGUCCACCACACUUUUAACGUUGUGCGUGAAGGCACAAAGGUGAGUUUUGUUGAUGUUAUUGACUUGUGUGGAGUGCUAAUCAGACAUAUUUGGUCACUGCAUGACUGCAAGCUAAUCGAUGCUAACAUGCUAUUUAUGCUAGCGAUAUGUACAUAUUGCAUCAUUAUGCUUCAUUUGUAGGUAUAUUUGAGCUCAUUUAGUUUCCUUUAAGUCCUCUUAAAUAAAUUUAUAUCUCAUGACACAUGUAAUAUGGCUUUUAAUUUGUUGCGGCUCCAGACAGAUUUGUUUUUGUAUUUUUGGUCCAAUAUGGCUCUUUCAACAUUUUGGGUUGCCGACCCCUGGUCUAGUCUCUUACAUGAAUGAGCUAAAUAAUUUGAUAUUUUACGGUAAAGUGUUAAUAAUUUCACACAUAAGUCGCUCCUGAGUAUAAGGCGCACUAUGAAAAAAACUGCGACUUAUAGUCCGAAAAAUACGGUAUCUUAGUAACAACCGACGGUACGCAAACGGUGCCAAACAAUGGGCGGAGCUUCUCACCCCAUCACAUUCUUCCACUUUUUAGCAGGAUGCUUUGCUCACUCGACUUGAAGACCACCACAGGAGGCUAAAACAGCAUGUUUACUAAUUAUUGAAUGCUCACGUUGUGUCCUGCAGCCCACUAACUAACUCCAUGAAUGACCAAUAAAAGGCAGCGUGUGUUUGCACUUCUUUUCUCAAGAUCAGGGGUCCCCAAACUAUGGCCCGCGGGCCAGAUCCGACCCCCUAGCAUCCAAAAUGUUUUUUUUUUAUUUUAUUUUUUUAAUCUUUAAUUUCUAAUCCAUUUUCUACCGCUUGUUACUCUCGGUGUCUCCUAGCCACUCAGGCAAAUCAUAUUGUCUAAAAAUUAAUAUUCCCAUCGAUAACAUGACAAUGUUAAAUGUUGAUGAACAUCAAUGUUAAUUGAUGUUAAAUGACAAAACGGAUUAACUCGCUGGAAUAUAAAGACAAUGUAUAUAUAUAUAUACACACACACAGUCCGGCCCCCGGCCAAAUUUUUUUAACCCAAUGCGGCCCCCCGAGUCAAAAAGUUUGGGGACCCCUGCUCAAGAUCAUCACAGCAAUAUUCAUCUUCUCCGUUGUCGCCACGCUGGGGACAAAACUCGGUGCUAAACUCACUUCACCCUCUUUGCUAUUUUCUAGUGCAACUGGAUAUAAUCUGAAUGUGUUUUGUCUACUGUCAGAAGUGGAAUGAAGUGUAUUAUUUUUUUAAUUUUCUGUGAAGAUUCAAAGAUAAAUGUUAAGUGAUAUAACUUGCUAAUGUACAUUGUAAUGCGUAUGAGAUGUAAAUAGCUAUAUAUUUUUUUUCCAUUUGAUUUCACUUGUGUAUAGUAAAAUGAUUGACAUGUCCCUUGGAUUGGAAUUACUGUUUUUCUUGAGUGGAUAUAAUCUGCUUGUUUUUUUUUCUUCCACCCUUUUUAACCUCUCAGAAUUCCAUGUUAUCCAGCUCUGAACUUGAUUACCUCCACAAAUGCUGCUAUUAGACAUUACUAACCCUUUUAACCGCAUCAGAGCAGGUCGCACUUUUCUUUUUGGAUUGCAACCAUUUUUGUCUUUGUAUUUGGGACUGUUUUAUUUUAAUAAUUAAAAGACUUA